UGUCGAUCACGUGAGCGCCGCCGCUGCCACUGGUGAUCUAAGAUGGCGGCUAGUAAUUAUUAUGGAUUCACACAUGCAGCCGCUGCAGCCACCGGCCCGCAAUACAGCACACAGCCGCCCCCUGCAUAUACCCACCCAACCACGGGCAGCUAUAGCGUUCAGCCCGCCCCAGGUGUGGCCCACGCUGUCACCGCCUCCUACCCGGCACCCACCGCCCAACCUGUUCGGCCGGCAGCACCUGCCCCCUAUCCCACUUACCAGACCCAUCCUGCCCCCAACUAUGGGUACCGGCAACCUGAACCUACCCCCCAACCGACGACCACCCCUCAAACCUACCAGGUUUUAGCAGAACCGGAGAACUAUACUUAUGGAAGACCUCCAUCAGUCAGUACCUAUGACAACAAGCAGUAUUUUCAAACAACCAUCGCACCUGCACAACGCACUGCAACAGAUGCCUACUUCCAAACAGGCUUGAAAAGUGUCUAUAGCCCUGUGAGUACAGCGUACAGCCAACCUCCUGUUCAGAGGCAGGUCGCGACUUUAAAACCACCACCUGCUCCCAGCUCCGUGUCCUCGAGCUACACGAUCUACCCAACGUCCACCAGCGUGCAGCAAACUCCAACCCCGAUAUCCACUUACACCCCCAGUUCUUCCUUCAACUCUACAGCUGCGACGUCUUACUCUGGCCAUAACUAUUCCAGCUAUGACUCUAGCGGUUACACGUCCGCUCCGUCGUACUUCCAGCCGGCCCCGCAGCCCCAGCCGCAACCCCCAGUGCAGCAACCGCAGCCGGCUCCCCCGCAACAGCAGCAGCCGCCCUCCAAACAGCUCACCAACUCCUCCUGGAGCAACACAGGGGGACACACGGCGUCCAACCCAGGGAUUAACGCAUACAAAAAGCCAGCGUUUCACCAAAACAAGAUCCAGAAACCCAAAGGCCCACCUAAACAGCCGCAGCUGCACUACUGCGACAUCUGCAAGAUAAGCUGCGCUGGCCCACAGACGUAUCGAGAACAUCUGGAAGGACAGAAGCACAAGAAGAAGGAAGCGGCUCAGAAAAGCGGCAGUCAGGUGACUAACGGAUCUCGUGGAGUCCAGACGCAGUUGCGAUGUGAGCUGUGUGACGUGUCGUGCACCGGCGCAGACGCUUAUGCUGCGCACAUUCGAGGAGCCAAGCAUCAGAAGGUGGUAAAGUUGCACACUAAGCUAGGAAAACCCAUUCCAUCCUCCGAGCCUGUUUUCGUGAGCUCAACCCCUGUUACGGUGGCGUCAACGACUACUGGCAAAACAUCAGCUGCGACGGGCUCCACCCCUAGUGCCGUCACGCAGAAGACGUCAGCUCCAUCCAAACUCAUGGCUGCCCCUGUGAAGAAACCUACGCCUCCUAAAGUUUCUUUCAUCUCGGGUAAAACCUCCGCACCAGCCCCUUUGAAGAUCGAGGAGCCGAAGCCCUCUGUGGUCAAGACGGACCCUAUGAGUGAUGAUGAUGAUGCUGAUGGACCCGGAGCACAAGGAGACAUUCAGCCCGUCGGACACGACUAUGUAGAAGAGGUUCGAAAUGACGAUGGCAAGGUGAUUCGCUUCCACUGUAAACUGUGUGAAUGUAGCUUUAAUGAUCCGAACGCUAAAGACAUGCACCUGAAGGGUCGAAGACAUCGCCUGCAGUACAAGAAAAAAGUGAACCCGGAUCUUCCGGUGGAGAUCAAACCUAGUAAUCGAGCAAGGAAACUUUUGGAAGGCAAACUGAGAAAACAGAAGCAGAAGUCUGUGCUGAAAAGACAACAGGAGGACGAGCAGCGUUGGCACAUGGAGAUGAGGAGGUACGAGGAGGACCUGUACUGGAGGAGAGUGGAGGAGGAGCAGAUAUACUGGGGGGAGCAGAGGCGCAGAAUGGCUCCGCCUCCUCUCAUGGGCCACCCCAGCAUGCCCGUGCCACCCCUAUUGGCCGUACGCCGCCCAGAUUCGCCCGAUGACCGACACAUCAUGGCCAAACACUCGACCAUCUACCCUGGGGAGGAGGAGCUUCAGGCCGUGCAGCGAAUCGUCUCGCAUUCUGAGCGCGCCCUGAAACUGGUCUCUGAUUCGCUGCUGGAAACUGAGGGGUCGCCAGUAGAUGACAAAGAAGCAACUGACAAGCAAUCUGAGUCUCAGCCUCGUGUCCUGAAAGGAGUCAUGCGUGUUGGAAUUUUGGCUAAAGGCCUCCUGCUCCGCGGCGAUCACAACGUUCAGCUCAUUCUGCUGGCGGAUAAGAAACCGACCAUCUCUCUGUUGAAAACCAUCGCUGAACAGCUGCCCAAACAGCUAGCGACCUUUUCUGAAGAUCAGUAUGAGGUGCAGGUUCAGCCCGAGGAGGCCAACAUCCUGAUAUUUUCAAGCAAGGAACCAAAAAUGCAGGUGACCGUCUCUCUUACGUCACCGGUGAUGCGAGAAGACCCCGCACCCAACAUGGAGAAAGUCCCACAGAAAAACCCUACUGACGUUCUCAACAGGAUCAAGUGCCUUGAGUAUUUAGCGGCUCUGCGUCAUGCUAAAUGGUUUCAGGCCCGGGCGAAUGGUCUUCAGUCAUGCGUGAUCGUUAUUCGGAUUCUGCGGGAUCUGUGUCAGCGUGUGCCUACCUGGAGCAAGAUGCCCGACUGGGCCAUGGAGCUGCUCGUGGAGAAAGCCAUCAGCAGUGCAUCCGGACCCCUCAGUCCUGGAGAAGCUCUGCGGAGAGUUCUGGAAUGCAUCGCCACUGGGAUUCUCCUGCCAGAUGGUCCAGGUCUUCUCGACCCAUGUGAGAAAGGUCAGAAAGACGUUCUGAGCAGCAUGUCGAAACAAGCCAGAGAAGAUGUGACCGCUAGUGCACAGCAAGCGUUGCGACUGCUGGCUUUUCGUCAGAUACAUAAGGUUCUCGGCAUGGGUUCCUUACCGGCCUCCAAAGCCGGAUCACGAAACCGCAAGAGACGGCGAGACGCCAGCGACGUCGGCGAGGGUGAAGCCGACGGAAAGAAAGAUAAACGAGACGAUUCUCUCGACCUGUGAGGUUAUGGUCACACAAUCUUAAGUAACAGAAUUACGUCUUUUAAUAUGUAUAAAUAUCACUCAAAGAGGAAGACUGUAAGGAAAAUCUUGAAAGUUCCGUUUUUUGAAAAGUGGAAAUAAAUGUAAAAACAUAUUUUGUUCCUCUUCUGAUGAUGUAAUAUGCACUGUGUUACAUCAGAGCUGAAAAUAGUCUGAAACGCUACUGAAAACAGACGCAUUCCAGUUCAGAGCGAUGGGUUAUGACCAGCGACUGACCAGCAUCUACUAAAAAUACUUACUAAACGGUAUUUUUGCUCUGUUAGGCACUUUCAUAUAUUAAUAAUAGCACUUAAUUAAUUAAAAGCUUUAACAGCAUAGGCCAGUCUUAUUUUUGUGUUUACAUAAGAAGUAAAAUAAUAAGUAUACGUGUUUGAAACCCAGUAAAAGUUUGUACGCACUUACUUUACUAUUAUAAUAAAAUGUGACGUAAACUCAUUCAAACUAUGAAUCAGCUGCACGUAUGGGCAUUUACUGAACUGAACUGAUAAAGGCACAGUAUGUAAUUUUUUUGCAUAAAAAAACCCAUAAACUACUAGCACAGUGUAAAAUAUUUUUUUCACAUUUGUACUGGCGUUACCCCAAAUGUUUUAAACAAGUUUUGAAUACAGAGAAUUUGCUAUUCAAAAAAACACUCCGCCUCUUUGUAGGGUCGCCUGUCAAUGGUGUCAUGUCUCCAUUUUCUGGUAAAAAUCAUAAAUGUGUUAAACUUUAUUUUAUUACAUCAUCCUUAAACAUGCUUUUUAGUCCCGUUAGCUUGAUUUCCAUUCAGCAGUGGGGGUAAAAACUCCAACUCAUCUUUCCACUCUUUUCAUCAAGCUUUUGUAUGUUUUUGUAUGUCAACCUCUAUAGCAAAAAUUACAUAUUGUGCCUUUAAACCAAACCCUCAUAUUUAAUCUUUAGAGUUCCUGCCCUGUGUUUAAACUACACCUAUUGUGUAUUUUCCAACUUCAUGAGAAUGGGAUGCUUUUUUAAAGUCUUGUCUAUUUCUGUUUAUUUAAUACAUUUUUAAUUUUCUUUUGAUCAAAAAAUUACAUCACAACAAAUUUAUGAAGUGUGCUCACACUUUUGACUGGGAGUAUUUGUACUGUAUUUGGGGUUUGCGUGUAUUUAUUUUUAUAUACAUGCUGUGGGUAGCCCCAAAAGAAUUUGGACACUUAAAGGUGCAGUGUGUACAUUUUCGGAAUAAGGAUUCUACUGACAGAAUUGCAAUAUAAUAAACAUAACUAUAUUUUUAGUGGUGCACUGCAACAAAUGACUUUCUUUCUUAGUAUUUUUGUAAAAAAGAGAAAAAAAAUCUUGAAAUACACUGAAAAAAAUUAUUCAUUCAAUUUACUCAAUUGUUUAAGGUAAAUGCUUGUAAUCAAUUUAUUUAAGCUACAUUUAAACAAAAGUUUACUUUGUUUUUCUAAAUUUUUGUAAAACAAUUGAGUAAAUUUAAUUAAUUAAUUUUUUUCAAAAACACUUAAUUCAAGAUAUUUUUUCUUAUUCCAUUGGCAAUUUUUUUUGCUCGUUUUAAGCACAAAUUCACUUAAAUUUUAUAUUUUUUGUCUAAAAACUAGACGUAUUGUCUUAGAUAAUUUUGCUCAUCAAGAAAAUACAUCGAAAUUUAAGAAUUUUUAGAUAUUUUUACUGAAAACAAGACUAAAAUACUAAAUAAAAAAGUAAUUUAUUGCAGUGUGUAUAAAUCUCUUAUUACCGAAUGAGGUAUCUACAUGCACCUCGGGUCCCCUACAUGAAAUUUCACGCUGCCAUGUUACUACAGUAGCCCUUAAUGGACACAUUGCUCUACAGGGCACGUUUCGUCACUAUAUUGUCUUAGACGACAACAUGGUUGUCCUGUUGCGCCAACCGUAGCUAUGCGCAAUAUCACCACUAGAAAACACAAGAAUCUAUGCGCAGCACCUUUAAGUCACAUUCAAAAAAGGCUGAAUGCCUUUGCAGUAGGCUAUGUAAAAAUUAUGAAUCAAUGUAAUUUAUUUUUAAGAUCGCACAAGCACACCUUUGAGGCGUACAAAUAAAAAUCUCUGACGCCAUUUGCUUCAAAGGUUGGCAACAUAUAUUAUUUUAUUAUCUAAGGCGAUAACAUUGAGCUAUUCUUAGUAUAGUUUUUGUUUGGAGCCGGUGCAAAGGCGUUAAUAUUUAUACUGUCUAUUUUUAAGCAGACAAUUACGCUAUUAAAUGUAGACUAAUAAAUCUUCACUAAUAUGCUGUUAAAGCAACACAAAAUCUUACACACUGGAUUUGUACAAAUUUUAAACGAUCUGUUCAAUAACUAUUGAUAUUUCAGAAACGAUUGGUCACAUAAAAUAGAUAUAUUAUUUUACGCUCGCUUUUGUCGUCGUUUUCGUUUGCUUUAAAUAAUAAUCAGUCAUUUCAUAGCAGCAAGCUGGUAUUUCGACAGGGUAACAAACUAAUGAUCUACAAACUGUUGUAGAAUAAAGUCUGUGGUUCUUCACAUGUGCCUGCGGUAAAGUAGAGCAAUUUAAAGUACUUGAAAUAUAAGAUGAGUGAGGUAAAUUUCUGGUUCUUCAUAUUGCAAUAUGAUAUAAUAUAAUAUAAAACCUCUCUAUUCUUAGCUUUUUAUAUAAAGCGGAAAUUCUUAAAGACGCACAGUGUUGCACGGUUGACUAGACAGAUGGCAGUUCAGCUAUAUUAGUAUAUUGAAUUAUUUACAUUGCUUGAAUGCGUUCUGCCAACUGUUUUUAACAUGUACUGCAAACUUUUCCCCCGGCAAAUUGUUCCCGUUGAGUGUUUGUUAUCGUUUGUAGGAUUCUGAAUAACAUUGUGAUCUUUUUGUUUGAAUUUCUGUGUAGUGCUGCUUGACUAAAUAAAUCUAUAAAACACUCAA